GCUCUCGGCGCGCUUGGUCGCCACAGCAGUGCGGCAGGCUUUACUCCGAGCUCACUGCUUCCCCUGCAACCGGCGCUGGUCCGUCGUCGCCGUCGCCCACAAUGAGCGAGGGACGCUACUCUCCAUCCUCCUGGGACCACGCCGACGGCUCCGAGACCAACCACUCCGCCAACCACUCAUACGAACCAGGGCCGCCCGUCGAAUCCCGCGAAUCCCUGGACGUGAACGGAGCGGUGCCUCCGACACCGACCAAGUCCACUUCACCGCCACGCUCGAGUACGGAGUCGCCGACGAGGCUCUCAUCUCAACGAUGGCGUGACAGCACACUGCAACCACCAACGGAGGUUCCGGACACGGUGACUGUGGACAGUGCUACACUGGUAGAGCCGAGUUUCGACGAGAAUGUGUUGAGGGCACUAUGUGAUUUGGACUGCGGAAUACCAUUACUACUAGAUCGAAUUAAGCAGAGCAUGAUCUCAUGUCGGGAAGCCGCCAGCUUCUUCAAAAAGAGGGCUCUGUUAGAGGAAGAAUACGGGCGCGGUAUGCAGAGGUUAGCGAAGGCUACCUCUGACGCGUACUCAUCGAGCGAAGGAAAAGCUGGCACCUUCGUAACCGCAUGGCAUUCCGCCCUGAGAGUACAUGAGCAAAUGGCGGACAACCGUUUGCGCCUGUCUCAACGACUCAACGAGAUGAGUCAAGAGCUGUCCACACUAGCGAAGGAGGUCGACUUCAGCAGGAAACAGACCAAGGAGCUUGCUAGUCGCUACGAGAAGACCUUGCAGGAGUCGGAGGCAACAACGGAGAAGUGCAAGGUCCGCGUCGACGUCACAGCAGAAGAGCUGGAGAGGCUGCUUCUGCAAAAAGAGGGUGAGUCGAUGAAGGACUCGCAGCUGCAGGGCAGAACACCGGGCGGCGCUUCCGGCAAAAGGGUGAUCGGCAAAGCUGUGGCCAAGGGCGGUAUGUUGCUGAAGGGGCGAAAUCCGGGAAAUCUUCAGCGACAAGAAGAGGACAUACGCGCCCGGAUGUCAAAGGAGUCGGACGCGUACCGGAAAGCCGUCACAGAGACACAAGCCAUCCGGCAAGAAUACUUCAAUUUCCAAUAUCCGCGUCUACUUCGGGCCUUGAAAGAGUGCGUGGACGAGAUAGAUCUCGGAACACAGUAUCAUCUGUCCCGCUAUGCGUUCCUUUGCGAGAGCGUCGUACUCAGUGACGGCACUACGCUCACGCCGGUCGACGACAGCGCCACGCUCCCGGGCCUCAAGACUGCCUUGGAGUCGAUCGACAACCGCAGCGACUUCAAGACGUACAUGCAGAACUACGCCUUCGCGCACGGCGGUGCCAACAGCAGAGGCCCGCGCCGGGACGGCCCGCGGGAAGAGGGCUUUCUCCCGCCAAUCGCCGCGCUUGCGCCCCAUGCCGCGAGCUCGCCCAGCACGUCGAACACGCAAAUCCCGGACAGAGGCCGGCCGACGUUCGGCGUCGACCUUGCUGAGCAGAUGGCACGGGACGACGUGGACGUGCCGUCGAUCAUGGUGAAGUGUUGCGAGGCGAUUGAGAAGUACGGCCUGAAGUCACAGGGCGUAUACCGUAUCGGCGGGACCAUGACCAAGGUCGCCAAGCUGAAAGAGCGGCUAGACAGAGACCUGGAUUCCGUGAACCUCGACGCCGAGGAGUGGUCCUCCGACAUCAGCAAUGUCACGAGUGUCCUCAAGAUGUGGCUCCGAGAGCUGCCGGAUCCGCUCCUAACGAUACAUCUGCACGGUGCUUUCCUGGAAGCUUCCCGGAACGACAACGAGCGCUUACGACAUAUACGCUUGCACGAGCGUGUCAACGACCUACCCGACCCGAACUACUCCACCCUCAAAUACUUCAUGGGCCAUCUACAUAAGAUCGUCGAGCACGAAGCCGAGAACGCGAUGUCCGUGCAGAACCUGGCCAUCGUCUUCGGCCCCACGCUCUUCGGGCAAAUGCUGCCGGGCAUGAACGGGCAGCUGAACGGCAUGGCGGACGCGGGGCUGCAGAACAAGGCUAUCGAGACCAUCCUAGAACAUUACACGGAUAUCUUCGUCGACGACAACGAGGCCUAGAGGGCCCCCAGUACCCGCGCCCGCGCCCGGGCUUCUCCUCCAUUCGGUUCAUCCACUUUAUUUAUCGGCAUCGAAGCACCUAUUGAUACCCGCCUAUCCCCACUGUAUCGUCUACGCCACGCGGGCACUGUCCCGCCGUUGUUGUUGUCGCCAUCCCACCCAUUACCUUUCCCCCCUUCCACGCACGACUCCUCUGUCUGUCUCACUCGCUUGCAGGGUUCACGGUUGACGGAUGCGGGCGCGGCGCAGCCCGCCCAAUAAUGUAUUGAACUACCUGUAGUGUCGUACUUCUACGCCUCCGUAUAUCUUAUUCUGUCAGCUCCGCAUGGGUAUCAAUGUCAUUACUGUUCUACUCUGAGUUCGGACCGUGGUGUCAACGAUGAUGAUGCAUAGCGUGCUGCGACUUCCGUGCUGGUGCCC